CACCGCGCACUGUCGGAGGAGAGAUGUGCCACUCGUGUCUCGUGGUCACUGUACAACUCCGCUGACAUGAUCGUAGUGUGUUGAUAAUACAAGUUAAGAAAAACUUUUUUGUGAUUGAAGUGGUAUUCGAACACUACCACCAAAAUGAAGAAUACUGUGGCAUUAUACGUGUUUGCAAGUGUUUUUGCGAGCUGUUCUGUAGCUUUCGUGUACAACGCUCCAGAAAAUUGUGACUGGACCUUCCGCGACGAAGCGCAGAGAGAAGUGUCUUUAUCGUGCAGCCUAAGGACAAUCGGGAACGACUUCGACAGCAGCAAUUUUUCUAUCGCACAAAGUGAACAUACGACUGAAUUAGAAAUCCUGUGCAGUGAUGUGUUGUUCUUCCAAUCGUCGCUUCAGCCUCGCGUGUUUCAGCGGCUCUACAACUUGGACACGAUUUCGAUCGAGUUCUGCAAGCUGACCAGCCUGCCCGCCGGGGCCUUCCUCGGCCUGGACGCUAUGAAGGCGCUGGCGGUGCGGACGCACAACAGCGACUGGAGUGCCAUGGCGUUAGAGCUGAACCCCGACAGCCUGGUGGGCAUGCCUCAUCUCGAGCGCCUCGACCUCGGCCAGAACAACAUCUGGAAUCUGCCUGAGCGCGUGUUCUGCCCGCUGCCUGCGCUGCGCCACCUCAACCUCACGUGGAACCGCCUGCAGGACGUGUCUGAGGUAGGCGUCUCCGGCAGCUGCGGCGCCCACUUGGUCACCCUCGACCUGUCAGGAAAUGACCUGGUGGUUCUCCCCGAGGCGGGGCUCGCCGGCCUCGAGUCGCUGCGAGAGCUGUACCUGCAGUACAACGACGUGUCGAUGCUGGCCGACGGGGCCUUCUCCGGGCUGUCCACCCUCAGCGUGCUGAACAUUUCGAGCAACCGCCUGGUGGCGCUGCCCCCGGAGGUGUUCAACGAGACCCUGGGCCUGACGGAGCUCCACCUGCAGAACAACAGCCUGAGCGUGCUGGCGCCGGGGCUCUUCUCCGCGCUCAGCCGCCUCACGGUGCUCGACAUGUCGUUCAACCAGCUCACGUCGGAGUGGGUGACGGCGGAGACGUUCCGUGGCCUCCUCAGGCUCGUGGUGCUCAACCUCAGCCACAACCGCCUCACGCAGGUCACCCUCGACAUGUUCCGCGACCUCUCCACGCUGCAGGUGCUCGACCUCCGCCACAACUCGCUCACCGUGCUGGGCGACAUGACCUUCUCGCCCCUGGCCAACCUGCACAGGCUCGACCUCAGCUACAACAGCCUGGUGUCGGUCGAGUCUCGCGGCCUCUCGGGGCUGCACGUGCUGGCCUCGCUCUCGGUGGCGCACAACAACAUCUCGCGCAUCGCCCCCGAGGCCUUCCAGAACUGCACCAGCCUCCGCGACCUCCGCCUCGAGUACAACCUCCUUGAAGAGAUUCCCGAGGCCGUGCGCGAGGCCAGCUCCCUGAGGACGCUGAGGAUCAGCCAUAACCAGCUGAGCGCCGUGGCCCAGGGCGACCUGACCAGCCUCUCGGCCCUCCGCCACCUCGACAUGUCGAACAACUUCCUCCGCGGACUGUGCAAGUCGUGCCUGGCCGGCCUCGAGUACCUGGAGGUGCUCGACCUCUCGCAGAACGAGCUCAGCACAGUGCCACACGGCGCCUUCGACACCAACACCGGCCUGCAGCUGCUGCGCAUGGACGGCAACAAGAUGAGUGACAUCAACGGUCUGUUUGCGUCUCUGUCCAACCUGUUGUGGCUCAAUGUGUCCGACAACAGGAUCUCGUGGUUCGACUACGCGCUCAUUCCCGAUCAGCUGCAGUACCUUGACCUCCACAACAACAGAAUCCGCGACCUUGGCAACUACUUCAGUCUGGAGAGCAAGCUGGAGCUGAGGACCCUCGACGUGAGCCACAACCAGCUGGAGAGCCUGAGCGCGUCUUCGGUGCCAGACAGCGUGGAGCUUCUCUUCGUGAACAGCAACAAAAUCACUCGCAUCGCCACUGGCACCUUCGCCGAGAAGCGAAACCUGUCCAUGGUUGACCUGUACGACAAUCUGCUCAGCAAGAUCGACCUCAACUCCAUCAACCUGCCCCGCGUGCCCGAGGAGCGCGACCUCCCCGAGUUCUACAUCGGCGGGAACCCCAUCUUCUGCGACUGCAACAUGGAGUGGAUGCACCGCGUCCACCAGAUCAGCAGCCUCCGCCAGCACCCUCGCGUCAUGGACCUCGACAAGGUGACGUGCACCCUCCCGUACCCCCGCUCGGCAGAGAACCGCGUGCCCUUCCUCGAGACUCAGCCCUCGCAGUUCCUGUGCCCCUACACGUCGCACUGCUUCGCCCUCUGCCACUGCUGCGACUUCAUCGCCUGCGACUGCCAGAUGACGUGCCCCAUCGGCUGCUCCUGCUACCACGACGGCACGUGGGCCACCAACAUCGUCGAUUGCUCGGCCAGGAACCACCACCAGCUGCCGGACGACAUCCCCAUGGACGCCACGCUGGUCUACAUGGACGGCAACGAGAUGCCCUUCCUCGACGCCCACCACCUGAUCGGCCGCAAGAACAUGAGGGCCCUCUACCUCAACAGCUCUCGCGUGGAAAGGAUUCAGAACCGAACUUUCCACGGUCUCUCGACGCUGAAGGAGCUCCAUCUUCAUGACAAUAUGUUGGUCGAACUUGAAGGGUUCGAGUUCGAGCAUCUGGAGCACCUUCGGGAGCUGUACCUUCAGAACAACCGUCUGAAGGUAAUCAAUAACGUCACCUUCGCAGGUCUGAAAUCACUCGAAGUUCUUCGCCUGGAUGGGAACUUCCUGUUUGAAUUCCCUGUGUGGCACUUGAAGCUCAACAAGGGCCUCAAGGACGUUACCCUCGGCAUCAACCUGUGGUCCUGCGAGUGCCAGUACAUGGUCGACUUCAAGAACUGGCUCAUCCGCGAGACGGACGUGGUGAAGGACGCCAAGAGCAUCUUCUGCGUGUCCAACUCCACGGGCGAGCCAGGCCCUUACGUGCUGGAGAGUUCGUACUCCUGCGAGAACUUCGUGGCGACUUCCAUCGUGCAGGAGAAGCUGGAGAACGACUUCCUGCAGCCGGUGCUGAUCACGCUGGCCAUCUUCUUCGUGGUGCUCGUGAUGGGCGUCGUGUUCGCCGUGUUCCGGGUGCGCCUCCAGGCCAGCGUGUCCAAGAAGUGCGGCCUCAAGUGCUUCCCCUCCCAGCCCGCCCCCGCCAAGGAGGAGGAGAGGAACAUGCUCUACGACGCCUUCGUCAGCUACAGCGAGAUGGACGCGCCCUUCGUCACCGAAGUGUUCGCCGCCGAGCUGGAGAACGGUGACCCCUCCUACAAAGUGUGCCUUUCUUCCAGAGAUUACCAGACUGUCGGUUCAUAUGUGGGUGAUUUUAUUGUGCAGUCGAUUGAAACAAGUCACAAGGUGGUUCUAGUCCUUACGAAAAAUUUCGUUGACCACGAUUGGUGCAAAUUUUCUUUCAAGGCCGCCCACGUCGAGGCGCUGAAAAGCCUGAAAAAUCGUGUGAUUGUGGUGAUGUGUGGUGAUGUAGAUGAAAGUGACAUGGAUUCAGAUUUAUCAGGAAUCGUCAAAAGUGCGACCAAGCUGAAGUACGAGGACAAGUCCUUCUGGAGCAAGCUCCACGCUGCCCUCCCCGGCGGCGCCAAGAAGAUGUCCCAGCAGUGUUACAUCACAGAGACCAACUACAUCAUGAGGAACAGCGUCCCCGUGCUGUCGCCGAACCACAACCUGAAGCAGAGCCAGUUCAUGCCCAACAUGGUGCUGACCAACACCCUCAAGACGCCCGUGUCCCACUACCACCAGCAGCAUCACUAUCAGCACACGCAGCCGUCCAUAAACAGCGACACGGGCGACCUCGACAAGACCUUCGUCAGCGUGGAGACGGCCCAGUCCAGCCUCGCCCCGAGCCUCAACCACUCGUACAUGUCGAUCGACUACGCCGCCGCUCGCAACUCCCACAUCUACGCCUCCAUCGACGAGACGACGCCUGCGCUUCCUCCGUCCACGCUCCCUUCAGUGCACACGCUCCACCAGCACCUCCGUCAGCAGCAGCACGUGGAGCCCCUGCGUCAGUAUCUACCCCAAGACGUGCUGUCGAGUCAGCAGCGCCGACCUCUCACGGGCGCGCCGAUGCAGACCUUCGAUCAACCAGCUGUCAGUGCGUCCUAUUUCAUAUAAAUAUUGUAUAAAAAAUAUCUAAAUAUAUAUAUUAUCUAUAUUAUAAUUUUCUCUGAUAUGUGUGGCUGAGCUGUAAUGAUGAGAAAGUAUGGAACGGGGAGCAAUGACGAGAUUUUGUGAGUGUUUUAGUAAUAGACCACGUGAGUAUGUCAUUGUUUAUGUCUAGUCAAGAUGAGUGACAGCUGUACUAGUGCCUUCACAUUACGGCCUUUGUUGUAGAACUGUUGCUGAGUCGUCUAGCUUAUGUAGCGCUCCUUGCUUACUGUCACAUUUGUAUAUAUGUACUAUAUUUCCACUGUAUAAAUCGUGAUAUCUUUGGCCAAAGUGUGAUAAUAUUUAGCUGUUACGUUGAGCUCAAAUCGUGAGUCUAUAACGGGUAUUUUUAUAAAAUCAAAUAAUUACAAAAAUAAAAGAUGAAUUGUUA